AUGACAUCAGCAGGAUCGAGCCCCCGAGCAUCAUACGCCGAGGUCGCGCGGACCCCACCGACAAGCCAACCCGACAAUGUACAAACCCUCUCCUCGGCGAAGACGUCACCCUCGACAUUCACAGACUCACUUUUCUGCACGAUCGACGCGUCACAUGUGGAGGAAGCGGAGAAGGGCAGCGUAACCGCUGGAACCGUCAGGUCAGCCGUGGAGAAGGAAAUGAGAGCGAGGAAAGAGGACAGCAGCUGGAGGUGCAAGGCGGUCACGGUCGACGCGAGGAACACGAGCAGGGCCAAGAUCGUCUGUAGGAACGAGGAGGAGCAUAACAUGGUUAAGCAAGCGGCCGAGGUGGCGACGUGGGUAAUGGCGUUCGGCCAGGAGAACGAAGCAACGGUAGCCAAGAUAUCGUGGCUCAGUCGGAGGAAUAUCCGGAAGGCGUACGGGUCCAUGGUGGUGCGAACGUUUUCGAACGACGGGGCCGACCAGAGUAAUGCUAUAACUGCCAAGAGAUCGGGCACAAGGCGUUCAAGAGCACAAAGCCCUAGCGGUGCGGUGUUUCCGGUCCUUCAACUUAACGUUGGAAAGAGGAGGGAGGUUCACGACAGCGUAAUGAACGACGGAAGUCUGAAAGACUUUGCUGCGAUAGCGAUACAGGAACCACCAGCCUGGAAGGCGGGUGACAAACUCCUCACCGUCCCGAUGGGGCACCGAGAAUGGACGAAAAUGGUACCGACGGAAUGGCGAGAGGGGAGGUGGGGAGCAAGGAGUAUGUUAUGGGGUCUGGACACCGAGCAGGUUCCCAUCCCAUCACCGGACAUCACCGCUGCCAGGGUGCGACUUCCGGACAAGGAUUUUCUCCUGAUCUCUGACUACGUCCCAGGCGGCGACCCGGAAGCCCUCUCAGGAACCUGCUUGUUACUCGAUUCCGCCAUUCGGGCGGAGCAGAGGCCAGGAGGCAAGCGACACAGCGAAGCAGACUCUCGACAAUCUGGUUCGGUCUCUCCUCCACCAGCCAUACCACCGGAUGGCCGGGACACGGAUGCCGCUCGACUCUCUGUACCCUUUAUGCCAUGA